UUCAUGCAAUCUCUCACACUGCACAGCGGCCUAUCAUGGCGAGGAAUGUUUUCGUUCUAUGAUUUGCUAAUUCGCGAUUGCAUCGGGUAUUAUCUUGAUCGAUUACCGACCACAUAACGAAAGUGAUCCCGUCCGAAUUCUAGUAAAAAGCUCGACUCGAUUAAUUUGAAAAUCAUGGACACACAUGGCAUCACAAAUCAACUUCGAAGCGCUAUUCGCGCCAAACUCAAGGAGUUAAAAGUCCGAUAUGACGAGGAAUUACCGGAUUAUAUACUGGUCAUGGUAGCUAAUAAGAAAACACGUCAACAGAUGCACGAUGACUUAAAUUUGUUUUUGGAAGACUGCACGACCGAAUUUGUGGAAUGGCUGCACGAUCAAGUGCUGAAGAAACUACAGAAAGUUACGGUAGCAAAAAAGAAAUCUCGCGAGUUAGUGCCUAUGGUUGUGGUGAAGCAGGAGGAGGAGAGAAAGAAGAGAAAGGUAUCUGCAACUUCGUUUCUAGAAGAUCAAACAGCCGAGCAGGCUACAACGGAAAGACAUUCGGAUAAAAACAAGAAUGAGAAGCAACAACAAUCUGGACCGAAACAACAAACUUCAAGAUCUGUAUCUAAUCAAAAUUCAGAACAUAAGAAUACAGAGAAAAACACAAAGAUAAUAUAUGACAAAUAUAGAACAGAUGAAACGUUGCAAAACAGAAGUGAUUCUGUUUCUUCCAAGAAGCAGAAUAUUGCACAUGAUGACAAUAGGAUGGAAAUAGACGAGGAUGUGCACGAAGAUUCUGUUGCUAAAAUCACGGAUUUGCAACACAAUCAAAGUGAGACAUCUGGUAGGAGUAUGAAAAGAUCACUGGAUACAUCGAGCGCGGAGAAUCGUUACGACAGUGCGGAGAAAGAGGACAAUGCGAAGCGAUCAAAAACAUCCGAGGAAGAAAAAGAGGAUGCAACGUUAUUGUCAUCCUCGGACGCGUCAAAAAAACUCAAAUCCUGCGUAAACAAGCCAAAAAUCACAUCCGUUGUGUCGGUUAAAGAUCGGCUGGGUGUGGCGUCGCUAAGAAAGAAAUUUGAUUCUUACAGAGAAAAAGAAGACAGCGGUCGCUAUCACACGGAGAAACGAUUCGAAAAUUCCUAUCACCAUGAUAAUAAUCGUAACAGGAAUAGGAACUUUGAAGUGGACAAUCGCGGCUCCAGGCGAAAUCGCGACAACGAUCAUGACGAAAUGAACAAGAUCACCGACGCGAGAAGUCGGAUAGAAAGUAGCAAAAACGAAAGACUGAGCAAAAAUGCCGAGUUUCGGGAGAAGAGUCAGAGUUCGAGCACGAAAAUAGACACUACUGCAAAGAAGUCCGUGUGUACUAUUAAAAACCGUUUGGGCGUAGCGAACGUCGAUACCAAGAUGCAGAAACAGCCUGUCAAGCAGCAGGAACCCAUGGACUACAGGCACAACUCGAAAAGUUUUGAACAAAUAGGCAGCAGCAACAGUAACAGCAGCAAAAAUAUUAAGAAUAGACUAGGUCCGUUGAAAAACAAUUUCAAGCCGGUACAGAAUAAAAAGCAAUCCCGCAGUAGCGACGAAUACGAAUCUCCGAAUUUCAAUACCGAGGAGAAGAUGGGAGAGGAGGAUGAGCUAAAUAGUCAUGAGGAAUUGCGAACAGGUCCUGUGAAGUCGCACAUAGUCGCGAUAAAUAGAUCUGCAACCGAAGUUCGGCCCGGUUCCGUAGCGAAGAUUGAGAAAAAACGUCCGAGAAUGUUGGAUGAAGUUUCUUCAAGUACAACUCAACAUUUUAAGUCUUACUUAAAUAAAACGAAAAAAGAAACAUCUAGUGACUUGGACAAAGAUGUUGAAGACACAAAACUUCCGAGCAAAGUGAUCGUCGCACCAAGACCUUUAAAGCCGUUGCAGCCUUUACAAAAGCGCGCUACGCAAUCACUUUUGUUGAGAGCGGUUGCCGAGGCGAAUCAGUCUGUUGUCGCACAAAAGAAUCCGGAACCGUCUCUGGUGGGCAAGAAGCCGAUCUUAAAGCCUGCUCUGGCUCGUGGUGUAAGUCAAAACUUAUCGAUACUCGUCGGUAAUUCUAAUAAGAGACUAGUUAUGGAAAAGAUCCAAGUUGAAUUAAAUACGGUAGAUAAUCAGGAAGCUGAAGACGUCGAGCCGGAGCCUUAUGUACCUCAGGCGGUAAACGCGGUAACGGAUGACCAUAUGGGAGUUGUGAUGUCAUUAUUCCAAAGAAACGACAACAAUCAAAAAUUUCUAGUAACACUUAACGGAUACAGUAAUAAUCCAGCAAAAGAGAAAAUUGCUCCUGAAGAGGAUGAAGAACGAUUGGAGAUGGAGGUGAACGAGGAUGAGCUUGCGCUUUUGACGACGCAAAGCGAAACUUACGUCGCGGCGACACAGAGCCAAAUAGAUAGUAAUGCAUUGAGAAUAACAACGGACACCACGCAGGACGAUGUGAUGAUCACAUGUCCGAAAGAAACAAACGGAGAGGAGAACAAUGAGAAUUGCAACACGGAAAACAUGGAUAAGACUGACGAGGCGCCACGAAGACGGAGAAAAUUGAGCCCCAUAGUGUACAACAGAUCUCAUUCCCCGAGCCCUGCACCAUUGAAACCCGAUACCGUGUCAUUGGUAACCCUCAAAAAUGCAGACAAAAAACUGUUGGUGGAAAACACUGUUCCGACGCUUUUAGACAAGUCCAAAGAGAAGUGUAAAUACUGGCCAAAUUGUACAUCAGGGAACAAGUGCGCGUACUUUCAUCCUAUGUGCAGUGCCUUCCCGGCAUGUAAGUUUGGAGACAAAUGUGCCUAUAAACAUCCCAAGUGCAAAUUCGGUUUGUCCUGUACCAAAUUGAGCUGCGUGUUUUCUCAUCCCACUCGUGACCACGCACCACAGCAAUGCAAAUAUUAUCCGUUGUGCAAAAAAAAAGGAUGUCCGUAUUUCCAUCCUACAACUUCCAUUCCCACAGCAGAAGCGACAAGCCAACGGGCGAAGUUCACUUGGCGGCGACAAGAAUGAACGGACUUGCGAAUGUACAAAACUCCGAACGCACGUUGCUUUAAAUCUCAGACCGAAGUUUCGAAUUUUAUUGUUAUUACUUUGUAUAUAGAUUGAUGAGCGAAGACUAUAUACUUUACGUGAGUUUCAGAUGGCGUAAGUUUAAAAUAUCGUAUUAUGUAGGAACGAUACUAAACUUUACGGUUAUGCAUAA